AUGGCGUGCAGCACGUCGAAUUCUCAAACUCUGACCACAGCAUUGACAGACGCUAUAACAAGGGUGAUAAGUUCAACUUUGCAAGGGAUAGAAAACAACGGCACAGUGGCAGCGCAGGUAGAGUGAAAACAUGUAUGCAUAUUUUUAAAUAUGAAUAAUUUUAUGCCUCGAUAAACUGCAAAUUAAUAUGAAAUAUUGAAGUAAUGAAGAAUAAGAAUUGAAUUAUUCAGUGUUUUAUCUUCGAUUGUCGACCGGUUUGUAAACUGUAUUUAUUACAAAUUUUAUGUUGUUUAAUACUAGGAACAAAGACAAUCGAAUUCUCAAAGUCGACUGCCAAAUAUAACAGGUACAAGUACAAGGCAAUUUUCGCAGGUUGCUGUUCAUGCGGGUACUAGUCGACAGACAUGUAGCGGGAAUGCGGUAAGAUUUAUUCAUAUUUUUUAGUAUUAGUGACUACUAGUUUUAUUCUAUUUUCCAGCUUUUAUCAUAGGUCUCCCAAACACGUCUUACAUUUAAAAAUUCAAUGCAAUGAUGAAAUAUGCUUCUUCCUGGAGUUUUUAUCACAAACCAUGAUCGCACCACUCAGCCAAUCAGAUCUCAGUAUUUCGGCAGUCUAUAUCCCAUUCCGCUGAUAUACACUAAGACGAUCCCAUUCCCAUAAACUGUCUCGUAAUGACCUUUAUAGCAAUUGCAGUGGGUCUAUAUAUAAGUAAUAUAACUCAUUAACUUGCUCUGCUGUACUGUAUAUAGCGCAUACUAAUGAGCAUUCAACAAAAGAUAAGCAAAUGUUGAUUAGAACUGUGUCGCAUUCCUGAAUGUUUUUAGGCCAAGACAAUACACGUUUUUCGUGUACGAAGAAUAUCCUCGGUUUCAAGUACACUGUAUAACAUAAACACAGAAAUGAAAAGUAUAACCAUAAUUUCAAUUUUAAAAAUUGACUUUAAACUGGAGUUUAAAUCAAUCACUGGCAUGGUCCUUUGGAUUUAAAAAUUGCCGGCAAGGUCAUGAAACUAUUCAACAGCUAUUUCGAACCCUGUAUUUACUAUACACAUAAAAGAUCGCUCUUGCACAUGACAUACGGUUAUUGUGACAAAGAAUGUACUUCAUGUGGUACAUAUUAUAGAUGAUUUAGUAUACUUAACUCAAGCGAGAAUCAUAGCUAGCUCUAAGAGAGAAUAUUAUAUACAUAAAUAUUAAAUGAAAAUACUUUUACGAGCUAGAAUUAAUGGCCUUAGCCUAAGUUACCCUUUUUGCUGCAAAUACUAAAAAUUAUGGGGUUUUUUUUUUUGGGGGGGGGGGGAGAGUCAAAUCUUCCAUCAGCAUAAAGUGUUUUCACUAUUAACAAAGGCAUUAUGCAUUUACUGGGGUUCACUAUAAGAUAAACUGCAAUAACUCCCCACUGCUCAACACAACCAUAUCUGUCCCAUUAUUUACCAAGGUUGGAAAGGGUUUGAAAUUUGCAUCUUCACACACUUCCAAGAUCUUGUUGAAAAGCGCCAUACUCUGCAGCAUGGAACACAUCUGAUUGGUUCAUGGUCCCUUAAUAGUAGCAAUAGUGGUAGUGGAAGUCAAAUCUUAAUCACACCAUUAUGAUUGCCAGUGGCAUAACAGACUAUGAUCAUGGCCCUGGAUGAAUUUAUGUUGAUGUCUUGACUUUAAAAAAUUAUAUUAACCCUUUAAGUGGCAAUGCACCUGGAUGCGCCCUACUUUAGUGCUUUGCUCUGUCUAACGCCAGACGAUUUCACUUGUCAAGUCGAGAAUGCUGCCACUCAAUGGGUUAAAGAAAUGAUAUCAUCACAUUAAGGGAGUUUGUCAGAGUAAUAAUUCUUAAGUUUUUAGAGUGUUUUUUACUAUUUUAAACAUAUAAACCUUUUAACUUGUCGCCCUACUGCAUGUACCCGACUUUAGUAUUUUAAUUUGUCUAACACCAGACAAUUUUACCGAAUCAAAGGGAAAGUGAUGUCACUUAAUGGGUUUAUACAUGCUUUAAUUAACUGUGGUUCAUUGAGAUCACCAUCAAUUAAGUGUGGUGAUCAAUUAAGACCUUUUACACCCUGUAUGUUUUCAAUUUUUUUUAUUCAUAGACAAGGCCAUAAUUGUGAUGUUUUUUUUUUAUGUUACUGUGAGUGUAUAUCCACACCGGGCAGGCUGAAUUAAAGUUAGCCUGACCACGGUGGCACAGACUUGGCCUUGGAGGUGGGACAGACUUGGCCUUGGAGGUGGGACAGACUUGGCCUUGUAGCUCAGUUGGCAGAGCAUUGGACUAUAGUAUCCCAAAGGUCGCGGGUUCGAUUCCCACCGUGCCGCUGUGGCCAGGCUAACUUUAAUUCAGCCUGUCCGGUGUGGAUGUACACUCAGAGUAACAUAAAAAACGUUAUAUUCACCUGAGUAAAUAACAUAAAAACACACACAAAAAAUAUCAAGGCCAUAAUUAUUCUCUUAUGAAACAAAAUAGGUAAAAAUAGUAAUCAAGAGCUUUUGUUACUUCCAAAACAGUUUUAUCUCCCAUCAGUUGUUGGUGGAAUUGGACGUGGAAAAAGAAAACGAUCUGGGGCAUGUCAGCCAAAGCCAGCUAAGAUAUAUACAAAGUACAUUGUAUGUAUCUUGCCAUCCAGUGGCCUGUAUGAGAUACCAAUACCCCGUGGUGCAAAGCGAGCAAAUUUGGCUGAGCUGGGAUUGACAGGGAAGAUAUCCAUAAAUGCUGCAUGGAAAGCAAAUGAUGUAUCAAGAGAGAUUUCCAGUGUGUUUGCAUCGGCAUUUAAUCUAGAAGAGAAGGAAAUUAUCUUAUUUGAUUAUUUAAGGUAA